AUGCGUGCUCUGUGUUCGGUUCGCGGGCCGCUUGGCGGGGACACGCGCGCGCUCGGCGCCGGCGCGCGCCUUUUGUCCCUACAUAUGCCCGGCCAGCCUCAACCGCUUCAUUUUGUCGUCGAAGCGAAAGCGAGAGUCAAAGAACUGAAAUCUUUGGCGAAUUCUCAUGCCCAGCUACAAGGCAUGACCGACACGGAACUCUUCGGAUUAGCCAUUAUGCAAAAUGGAGAGUACUUGUUUGUUGAUUUGGAGAGUAAACUAUCAAAAUAUGCACCAAAGAGUUGGAGAUCAUCCCAUACACAUGGCUUGGACGCCAAUGGAAAGCCGCUGCUUGAAUUACACUUAGUUGUUCAGUUUCACGUAGAGAGUCCAUUGCUUUUACACGACGAAAUUGGACGCCAUUUAUAUUUUCUACAAUUACUUCACAAUUUACGUACAAGAGACGGAUUACCAACAGAGAUACUAUUACUACUCAUCGGGUUGGCAUUACAAGCGAAGUAUGGAGAUGCUGAGGCGUACGAAGAUGAAGAUUAUUUCAAAUUGGAAGACUACGCUCCUAAUUCUCUAAGCGGCGAUUGGGUAAAUGCUGCAAUUCGCGCCUGUCAUCAAGAACACCACGGUUUAUCAAAAGCAGACGCUGAAACUAGAUUUAUACGUGAAGUUUGUUUACUUCCAGAUACAAUUAAUUCUCAUAGAUAUCGCUUAAAACAAGCUAAAAAUGAGUUGGAACCCGGGACUGUUUGGUUACUUGUAACUGCAAAAGGAAUUAAAAUACUACCAGACUGCGGACCAGUUUCAAAUUUUGUAUGGAGUUCAAUAGGUAAAUUAAGUUUCGAUCGCAAGAAAUUUGAAAUACGAACUGAACAGGAAAAAAUGACGUUGUAUUCUUCUAGUGAGGAAAAAUGCAAGUAUUUGUUCGCACUUUGUAAAGAAACACAUCAAUUUUCAAUGAAGAUUUCAUCAAAACUUAACGAAAUUUUGAGAAAAGAAGAAGAAGAACGUAAAAUAUGUUACGGAUACUCAAAAUCAUUAAAUUUACAAUUUUGGAAAAAUAAAAAUGAGCAAAGAAUAUCCCUUAUAUCGUCCACUAGUUCUAACACGACUUCAGGAAUUGUAAGCGACAGAGUACAGUCAGAAGACGAAUUAGAAAUAAUGAUAGACUCACCUCCAGCACCUUCCACUGAAAGUUUGGCAUUCGCUCAUUUAUUAGAUUGUUCAAACUCAUACCUUAUAAGGCACAUUUCACAAGAUAAUCAACCACUCAAAAAAACAUCAUCCUUACAAAUCCAGAAGUCAAAAGUUCGAAUAAAAAAAGGUAGGGAACAAGGGGAAAGUUCAUCUAACAAUGAAAUAUCGUUACAUAGACAAAACUCUACAAGUCAGGAAGAAAGUCUAUCUUUAACAGAUCAAAGUCCCAACGAAACCUUAUGCGACAGCCCUGUUUCUGGAAAAAUUAAAUGUCCAGGCUCGCAAUGUUCUUCAUCUUGUAGCACAGUUAUAAUGAAUCGAGCGGGUUUUAGUACGCUAAGCAGAGCGUCUAAUGGAAGCAGUUUAGAACUAAGUUAUAGCCAUACGGCUCAAAAUUCAAUGAUUAGUGAUAAUAGCACGGUUGGUAUAGAUGCCGAAUACACUCAAGACACAGCUUCCGCUUUGUAUGAUGGAUUAGGUCAACCAGUAACGGUUGCUGCGUCCAGUGAAACAAGCGGAGUUUAUACAAUGGGUAGCUCUGAGCUAACCGCUCGGUCGAAGGCUUACACCUUGUCUGAAGACAGUAGAACUGAAUAUGGGAGCUCGCAUUAUGAUAGCUACAAAACACCAAAAGAAAAUGACCUUGCUGACUUCGAUAGUGUUUCUUCCAUACUUAAAAACAAGUCGGAAAGAGCAGCUAUAUCAUCUGGUACUUUACGACUGCAAGGAUCCCUACCUAAUGCAGAUUGUGUUGACGGUGUAACUCAGUUUGUUAACCAAAACUGUGGGGAGAAGGAUAGUAUGUUUCGCGAACGGGCCAAUUCUAAUGUGAGCGCUGUUUCUUUUCAUGGCGACGGAAGUGAUCCAACGGACAAUAAACAUAAUUUGCUUAGUGCGAGUGAGCUAAGUGACCUGAUCGUAGGGCGAGGCGUAUACCCAAAAAGUCAGUCAGUGAGUGACACAUUUGAUUCCGUAUCUGAUUACGUUAGAUUGCCUCUGCCAUUUUCUGGUGACAGUUAUCUUCAAGGACACGAGGAUACUGCUCCAUCAGAUGAAAAUUACCUUAACAAUUCCUUCUUCGACCGGCCCCCAACGCCACCAACAAGAAUUGAUAGCCAUAAAUCACAUAAUUUAUCAUUGCCAAAUAUUUUAGAAAUUGAUAGAAGCGUACCAAUACCGCCAAGGUUUCCAGAAAAACCUCCACCCCCUUAUGAAUACAAUCAUAAGACUCUUUCAUUAAAUAGUACCACAUCUAUAAAACCACCGCCUGCCUAUCCUGGAACGACAUCGAUUUGUAAAAAUCAGUCUGGUGGAAAAGAAGAAGUAGCAGCUAGAGUAGUAACCUCUAAACCAAUGAUAACUAUCCUAAAAGCAGAGGCGGGUGAAGUUAAUGCUUCAAGCGAACGGACAUUUGCAAGUCCUAUGAUAUUAGAACACAGAUUCCAGAAAUCUAAGAGACAUCAAGCAUCUAGUCGCAGAGCCGAAAGGUCAAAAUUAGCGCAGGGCAUUAGCAAUAGUUUGUCACCUUCGCGAGAUAUGCCCCUUCAUGGGGUUGAUUCAAACGUAUUCGUGGCUAUGAUGAAACUGCCUCCACCUCCGCCACCACCAAGACAUAUUAGACUUCCUCCGCCACCACCAACGACUCGUCUUCCUCCACCUCCUCCGCCACAAAAUCCCAUAUUCCAUCAACAAUUGUAUAGUGACGUAGACUACGUUUACUAUCCACUGCAAGAUCCAGCAGUGUCACAACAAAACUACCUCGACCAUAAACUAACAGAGUCUCGUAUAUCAAAUAUCCAUAAAAGUAGCCUUCAAUAUAGAAGUACCCCAUAUUUGUCAACUUCGUUAUCGGCGUCAUCAACAUAUGGAUCGAUUCAGAAUCUGUCAGAUUCUUAUAUUCAAAUACCAGGUGUGAGAACCAGCUGGUAUUCAAUGACAAGCAGAACGUCUGUCAGCAACCAUUCCAUAAAUCUGGAACGACCACCACUGCAAUCUGGUAUUACAGGGGUUGCUAGUUUCUCAAAAACAAAAUCUCAUGAGAAUAUUUUAACCGUCAAAAAUCCGCAACCGGUGAAAUUGAGACGAAUGCCGCCCCCUCCACCACCUCCUUAUGAAUAUAAGAAGAAAUUGCCUACACAUUUAAGGGAAUCAAAAAUUCCGAAUUAUAAUAUUAAUUUCAAAAGUGAUACAGUGGUAUCUAAAAUAAAAGAUUCAAAUUGUGAUCUAGAUAUAAAAACUCUUAGGGAAAAGAGCAAGAAUUUAGACUUGCCCCUUAUAGCGGCGUUGUGUAAUGAUCGUUCAUUGCUAAAACAAACAAAAGCUUUUGGUGCACCGAAGUUAGUGAAACAAACAGGUAGUGACUGUGAAAGUGAACUCAAGUGUACCAAGACUGUCCAAAACACCACCGAUAAUGUAGAUCGUAAGAAUAAACAAGAAAUUAAUUCUAAGAGAACAGUAAUCGGGGCUCAGAAAAAGUUUUUAAUACGUAAUCCAACUGACAAACUACCAGCAUUACCCGGUGCUGAAACUCACACUCCUAGAGCUACGUCUAAUACAUAUGUAAUGCAUCCAAGUGUAGUUGUUAAAAAUAAGAAAAUUCAACCCAAUACGUGA